CGACCCCGACAAGUCAGCCGCUAUCGUGUUGCCGUAUCUAGCCACCCGUUCGCCGCAUCUACAUCUCCAGUUGUCCGCCGCUUCGCCGACGCCAGAUCCACCCUCGCCGCUGACUCCGCGACUCGCUCGAUCUCGACGGCGAACCAGACCGGGACUGACAGCGAGAACCCCACAAUCAGUGACACAUAAUGACCCAGCGGUAGAUAUCCUCGCCGCUUCGCCGCACGGCGUCCGCUGUCCGAAGGGUCGUUAUCGUGGAGAAGUGGGUGCAAAAACCGAGGAGCGUCGAGAUAACUAUCUGGCCCUUGCCCGCUUGCAUCCCAUGUGUAUGGUUCAAGUCUGGGGUAUAAUAUGCGGCUGUCGUCCUAGAUGUCCUGUUUUGUGUUCUGGUCAGUCAGCCAGUCACUCAGACAUCCGACUUUUACUCCCUUCUUCAUCAGCACACCACAGACAUGGAUAAGUCGGAGAAGAUCAUCGACGACGAGGCCGUCCGGCCCAGCGAGGAUGGCCAGGAUCCCAACCUGUUCCUCGACCCCCAGAGUGAGAAGAAGCUUGUCCGCAAGCUCGACUUAUGGAUUGCCCCUGUGAUGACCGUCAUCUUCCUCACUGCCUACCUCGACCGUGCCAAUAUCGGCAACGCGGCGUCAGCGGGCAUGAAGGACGACAUUGGCAUGAGCGAUGGCGAACUGGGCAAAACAGACGCCAUCACCCUCUUCUACGUUACAUAUGUGGCUGCCGAAGUCCCCUGCUCACUGGUCCUAAAAAAGUUCCAUCCCUCCAGGAUGAUCCCUCUGCUCAUCUUCUGCUGGUCAUGCGUCCUCAUCGGCACAGGUUUCAUGCACAACGUCGGCCAACUCUACGCCUCGCGCCUCCUUCUCGGUCUCUUCGAGUCGGGCAUGUUCCCCUGCCUGGCGCUGUACCUGUCGACAUUCUACUCGCCGGGCGAACAGGCCCUCCGAAUCUCGUACCUCUUUGUCUCUGCCGCGCUGAGUGGCUCCUUUGGUGGUCUCUUUGCCUAUGCUUUGCUCAAGAUGGACGGUAUCGGUGGAUUGGAGGGCUGGCGCUGGCUGUUCAUCAUCGAGGGGUGUGCAUCCGUCCUCAUUGCGGCCUUUACCUACUUCAUGCUGCCCGACGACUUUGAGCACGCUCGCUUCCUCAACGAGGACGAGAAGGCCAUGAUGCGUGUCCGCGCCGAGAUCAACGCGCGCUACAACGGAAAGCCCGACUUUGACUGGGCCGAGGUCAAGCGCGCCGUGAAGGAUCCCAAGCUGUACAUCUCCUGCUGGAGUCAGUUCAUGGCCGACAUUUGCUCCUUUGGCCUGAGCUCGUUCCUGCCCCUGAUCAUCCGCAGCUUCGGCUACGAUGUUGUCACGACGCAGCUGCUGACCAUUCCCGUCUUCUUUUGGGCGAGCGCUGCGUACAUGGUGGUCUCGUACAUGAGUGACAAGUGGAAGCAGAGGGCCAUGUUCAUGAUGCCAGCAUGCCUCGUCACGGCCGUCGGGUACGCUGUCAACCUGGGCGUGCCCAUGGACCAGAGGGGUGCUCUGUACUUUUCGACUUUCCUCAUCGCGCCGGGCGUGUACAUGAUUGUCGGGCUCAACUGCGCGUGGCUGCUCAACAGUCAUGCGCCAUACUACAAGCGCGCCAUGGCCAUUGGCAUGAACCAGUCUAUUGGAAACACGGCAGGUAUUGUGGUCGGCCAAAUCUUCCGAACCAAGCAGAAUGGCAAAUAUGUCAUGGGCCUCAGCGGCUCUCUUGCUGCCGUCAUGCUUGCCGUCCUGGGUCACAUCACUCUAUACACAUAUCUCCGCCGCGAGAACAACAGGCGAAAGAACCUCACAGAGGAGGAGCGCGAGGCGGAGAUUGCUGCAGGGAAGACGGGCGAUUUCCACCCCGAUUAUCGCUAUGCGCUAUAG